AGCAGAAGAAGGCGGUUUGCCUUUGUAGUCAGAGAGGAAUGCGGAAAUGUCCCUGCUCUGUGUCAAACUUCUCUGAAGAGGGUCAAGGCACAUUCAGCCAGCGUGGGAAAGGGAAAGGGAAAGGAAUCGGAGCUCCCAGCCCUGUGUUGCAUAUUCUGGGAUAGAAAGAAACUUUGCAUGUAGUUUGCAUGUUGAUUCGUUUAUGCUAGGCACUAAGAUAUCUGAAACUGGGUUGCAUGUAUGUUAUUUCGAGGAAAACGACCCCCUCCCCCCUUUUUUAGUUGUUCUUAUUGCGAUUGCCCUGUUGGUAAGCAAAGGCGACUGUUGCAGGAUGGGGGUUCCAGCGUGCACCAUCCCUCUACCUGUGUGGCCCUGGGUACGGACAGUGGGGUAUCUGUGAAGUCGCUUACUUGCAAACUUGUUUAGAAAGAAGCGGCGUCUCGUCGUCGUUUGUAAAGGACGUGCACACUGCUGCGGAAUCUGGUUUCUAUUGAUAUCGAUCAGGCAUUGCUUAUGCUUGGCCACACUUCUGAUGAUGUCUUUGUAAAACAUAUUUUGGACGUCGCCUGAUUCGGGACCUCACCAAAACUUUUUGCAACGUAUGAAAGAAACGCUUUAAAAUGGACAAAGAAAGCUCGACUCAACAAUACGAACCCGUCGCCGAGAUUGGCGAGGGUGCUUACGGGAAGGUGUACAAAGCACGAGAUUUGAAGAACGGUGGUCGUUUCGUUGCCCUUAAAAGAGUGCGAGUGCAGACUGAGGAAGAAGGAAUGCCCCUUUCAACUAUACGCGAGGUGGCAGUACUGAGGCAACUGGAAUCUUUUGAGCACCCCAACGUUGUCAGGUUGUUUGAUGUGUGCACAGUAUCCAGGACUGACAGAGAGACCAAGCUGACCCUUGUCUUCGAGCAUGUGGACCAAGACCUGACCACAUACUUAGAGAAAGCACCGGAACCUGGUGUGCCUCCAGAAACCAUUAAGGAUAUGAUGUACCAGCUACUGCAGGGUCUGGAUUUCCUCCACUCUCACCGCGUGGUCCACCGUGACCUGAAGCCCCAAAACAUCCUGGUCACCAGUGGAGGGCAGAUCAAACUGGCCGACUUUGGUCUGGCGCGGAUAUACAGCUUCCAGAUGGCACUUACCUCAGUAGUUGUUACACUGUGGUACCGUGCUCCAGAAGUCCUUCUGCAGUCCAGCUAUGCCACACCAGUUGACCUGUGGAGUGUGGGGUGCAUAUUUGCUGAGAUGUUCAGGAGAAGGCCUCUGUUUCGGGGAAAUUCUGAUGUUGAUCAGCUGGGCAAGAUUUUUGACGUGUUAGGGGUCCCCAGCAUGGACGACUGGCCUCAGGAGGUGGCACUCCCGUGGAGCGCCUUCGCCCCUAGGCCCCCCCAGCCCAUCGGAGACCUGGUUCCAGAUAUUGAUGAGCUGGGAGCUUCACUUCUGCUUCAAUUCUUGUCUUUUAAUCCUGCCAAGAGGAUAUCGGCCUAUGCUGCCCUGUCCCAUCCAUACUUUGAGAACAUGGAGAGGAACAAUAAAGACUCCCAGGAGCUUCCUAACAGCCAGUUGCCUGUCGAAGAGAGAGGGGCCUGCUGAAGACUCCAAGGGAGAUUCCUGUCUUGCUUUUUUUUUUAAGGAUUGAGCGAAGGAAGUCUUCCAUACCGAAGAAUGCUGCUUUGAGGAUACCUUACUCCAGAUAUAAAAGCAAUUCAAAUUUUGUUUUUGCCCUCAGGUGUUUUUAUAAAAUAAUCAAUGCGAGGAACACCACGGCUUAAAUGUCUAACCUAGUAAUACUCUGAAUGUCCAAAUGCUGCUUUUUCUUCUGCCUUUUCAAGGAAAAUGCUGAGCAAAAGCCAAUCCUAACCUGCACACACACACCUUUCACUGCCAGGGCCUUUUAGGGAUUUCACCUGUACAGCUGCUUUAACUGGCCCUCACAGCACACAUACACACACACAAACCACAGACCUAUACACAUACAUGUACACAUAUACACAUACACACAUCUUACUCUUACAUCUCUCUUUAGGGAUUUAACCUCUAUAGCUGCUUUAAGAUGCCCUCUUCUCCACCACAUAGCCACCAGCCUUUCAAUGCCAGGCUGCCUUUUCCCUGUACAGCUGCUGCAGGAAACCUCCAUCACUAUGCACAUACAAACACAUUUAUACACACAGAGACUGGCUUAUACACAAACUUACCCCCUUUCACCAUCAAAGCUCUUCUGUGGGGCGUCUCUGAUGAUACACACCCACACAGACAAGCUGGGUGCAGAUCCCUGCCAGGCAUACACACACGUUGGUUCCCCCACACUCCCUUCCAUUCCAUCUUUGGGAACGUCUCCGAUAUCCACCCCACACACCUUGCCUCCCUCCCAGGACGUGGUUCGGAUGCUAAUAGAUAAAACUGGCAUAUCUACCACCAGGUAGCAAGCAGGGCAAGCCCAAACACCUCACAACCUCACCUCACCGGAUAUUUCCCUACAGUCAUUUCAAAUGCACCAAACUGUCAUUCAGAGCACACAGCUGAAAAUGUCUUAAACUGUAUCUAUGUGGUCUAUAAUAUUUACUGUUCCUAUUUGGAUCAGCAUUUUAUUUCAUUACUAAUGCUUGAGGUUGAGGCAAUGUCUAUUAAUUGAGGCAAAUAUGUUAAUACACGGCGGCACGGAUGGUGCAGUGGGUGGCACUGCCAUCUCACAGCAAGGAGGUCCUGGGUUCGAAUCCCCAUUGGCCGGGGCCUCUCUUUGCAGAGUUUGCAUGUUCUCCCCGUGUCUGCGUGGGUUUCCUCCCACAGUCCAAAGACAUGCAGGUUAGGCUGAUUGGAGAGUCUAAAUUGCCCAUAGGUAUGAGUGUGUGAGUGAAUGGUGUGUGUGCCCUGCGAUGGACUGGUGACCUGUCCAGGGUGUAUUCCUGCCUUUCGCCCAAUGUAUGCUGGGAUAGGCUCCAGCCCCCUGCGACCCUGUUCAGGAUAAGUGGGUUCAGAUAAUGGAUGGAUGGAUGGAUGGAUGGAUGUUAAUACACUGGGUCUAGAUCUUGGAAAGUAUGAACUGAAGUAGUAAAGUAAUAUUAAAAAGAAUAACUUAGGUAUAUGAUGUAUUUUCUUCUUUUUUUUGGAUUGUAAUAUCAUAUUUGAGUGGUGUGUCUGAAUAUAUCACAUUUAAUCGUGGAGCAAGACACUCUGCUGCCACAUCUCUAUUGGUUAUUGCUAACCAUUAAAAGUAUAGUCAGCCAGUCACAACUAUUUGUGACACCUGAUGUUGAAAAACACAUUGUAAAACAAAAGGUUUCACAGGCAUGUGGGGUUUGGAAUGAGCAGCGGUAGUGCAUUUUACAUGUGAAUUGUGAAGUGCAUAGGUCUAGCACUAGCACUGGUAGUGUUAGUACAAGGAUUGGUGUGGUGUGAUAGUGAAGCAUUAGCAUGGGUGUACAGCUCAAUGGAGAUGUUGCUUUGCUCAGAAGUGUGUCCCUAUUUAUCACCCACAUAUGAACGGGCUGGAUAUUCUUUUCUUUUUUUUCAAACAGCACUACAACUCUUGAGACCAUUGGACCUAAAUGAAUUAGACCAAAUCAUUUCCAGUAUAUCAACUAAAGUGUAGAAUCAACCUGUAAAAUGGUCAAGGAUUUACUUCCAAAAACUUCCUCUGGCCUAUAGGUUAAGAUGGUAACAGUUCAGGUAUUAAACUAGCAGGUAAUGUAGAAAGUCCACGUGGAUGGAUAUUGAGUAUGCAGUUCAGAGAGGAGGGGGAUGAAUCUGUAGCUCCAGGAUGUGUUGAAGUGUGGGCAAGAACUAGGAGAGGAGCAGGGCUCCAGCAGUCCACAACCUUAUAGAAAAUACGGUCCAGUGUUUUCUAGAUUUUAUAAAGUAAUUAUUCAUUAUUCAUUUUUUUUAUUACAUUUUGCUGUUAGUGUUUGAGCUUAAUGGUAAGGAAGAAUAUACAUGUUUGACAGCCAUCUAGAUGUUGACAAGAAAGGACCCAAUAAUAAUGGCAAUAAUGAAUGACAGGCAAUCUAUGGCAGGCCAACUGGAAGCUCAUAGGCAAUAUGGACACUCACCAGACAAGUGGGUUGAUGAAAAAGUGGGACUUGGUGUGGGUCAAAAAAGCUAAGGGGAAAGCCAGUAGAGCUGAAACUAUGUUCACACAAAUAGAAACUGCUCUAUAUUCUGUACUCAGGUUUAGUUUAGGAAACAGAAAACAACAGCUAACAGAAGACUCACUAUCACACAUUCAGUCUUUAGUGAAGGACUUUCAGUGACAACUUUCAGGUUUCUUUUUUAAGGAUGCAAUUAAUGCUGAUACUGUGCUAAGAUUUUCAAAUUCAUGGCAAAUUGAAUACAUAUCUUCUUCACACAUACAAUGGAUGCAGUUAAUACUUAUCUUUAACAGUAUUUAACUGUAGGCUGACACAAAACAGUGUAGUGCUUAGCACUAUUUGAAUUACAUGCGAUAAGAAAGGACUUAUCAACACAAUUCAACUACAUAUUCUCUGCCAUUCAUGAAUAUUAAUCAUGCUUUCGAUAUUAUGGCACUGAGCAUGAUAUUAUUCCAUAAUGAUGCACAAACCUUUUUUAAUAAUAUACAUUUUUUAUUGCUAAUGUCAUCAUUAUUGCUUCUCAAGCUACUCAGCUUUUUAGAUACUGAUAACUACUCUGCUCAACUUUGUUGAACUAAAUUAACAAUAAAGAUAUUUUCUCUAGA